AUGCUGAAAGACCAGUCACAGGAACCGCUAAUUCCUGAAAAUAAACCAAACAUGGUUGUACCAAAACGUAAAUUAUCAAAAAUGCUGAAAAUCGGAGGAGUAAUUUGUGCUGUAGCCGUUAUUUUAAUUGUAAUAUCGGCACUUGCUACAGGAGGUAGAAUUUCUACAAAAACAAAUAAUGUCAUUAUUAGUAAAAGUGGCUUCAAGUUGUUGGCUUUAAAUGGCGUAAGCUACAAUAAAAAUAGCAAUUCUUUUACAUUUAGUGAUCGUGAAUUAAAGAAAGAUUAUUUAAAUAUACAUUUUUCUUAUGAAUUCGUGAACGGUGAAGCAAAAAAGGCGUCAAACUGUCACGUUGAUUCAAGAGAAAAGGAACCUUUUUCCUCGCCUGGUUGUUCCCAGCGAUUGAACAUGGAAUUUAAAAAUAAUUUCCGUGCAGAUAUACAUGAGAUUGACUUAGAUGGGUUGUCCUGCCAUUCUGUUCAGUGGCACACGAAAAAUAGGAGUGCAGAGAUUACUAACUGUUUUCUCAUUGAGGAUAAUUGGUAUGGUGGGGGAGGGCUGUCAGUUCAGAGAUGGCCGCUCAAUCGUGUCAAUGUGCCCUUACAGCCACAUCUUACACAAAAGUAUAAGGUCAGUCGACCAAGUGGUUCUGCUGACCAGGUCAGGUUUGAUUCAUUUAUCGAACCUUAUUUUAUUAGCGCAGGUGGUGCGGCAGUUUUAUUUGAUCACUUUCUUCCGUUAUUUAUUUCUAUGAAUCAUGAAAAUGACAAAAAGCUGUGUUUUACGUCUGAAUUCAAAAAACCAUACGCGUCUGUGAGUUCUGAUGACAGCCUCUCACUACAGUACCUUGUAUGUAAAGAUCAGAAGGCGAAAUCCAUUCACCAGCGUAUGUUAAAAAUGUCAAAAAUUCCAUUCUAUCAAGGGGCACCGGAAAUUGGAAUUUUACGUAAACCAGUAUGGAGCACAAGAGGCUUAGAGAAGCCAGAUAUUAGCGAAACUAGUCUUUUAUCUUUCGUUAAUAAUAUCAAGUCAAACAAACUUGCCUACGGGCAUUUAUUUAUCGACGGAAACUAUUCGAGAUCCAGCGGAAACUUCUAUUUUAACGAGAAGAUCUUCCCUCAUUCACACCAGCUUAUUAUGGAGUUGAUGAACUCGCCAGAAGAAGACAAACUACCAGUUGGCAUAGAGGUUUUUCCGUAUGUUCUAACAGAGAAAUCUGAUUUGUUUGCAGUUCAUUAUGUAAACACCUCUAGUCUGAAUCAAAAUCAGAAUCGGAAUAACUUCUUAGAUGUGACAAAUGAAAAUGCUUUGAAAUGGUACACCUCUCACCUCAAAGAUGUUACCGAGCAGGUCAACCUUAGAGGAUUGAGGUUUUCAGGUGCAUUUGCUGUGGAUUUGGUAGAGGGUCUGGAUCAAGCUUCCCUGAUCACCAACAAAACACUUCACCAUCUGAGUAUGUUUACCAAGAAAUUUUCUGAAGUAGCACAGAAAUUACACAAAACUUCAUUGAUUGGAAGUGGCUAUGGUAGUCAGAUCCACACUUUUAUAGCCGAUGCGGGUCCAAUGAUGUCUUCAUGGGAGCACAACAAAGGUCUUAAGAGUGUUAUUCCUACGACAUUAACUUAUGGAAUAAUGGGCUACCCUUUCAGCCUAAUGGGACCAAUUGGGGGUGUAAAUAUAGACAGUGAUACUUCAUCAAAUCCCCGAAAGCCACCAGAGAAGGAGCUGUUUAUAAGAUGGCUUCAGCUUGCGACGUAUCUGCCAGUCAUGGAGCUUUCAGCUGGCCCAUGGCUGUAUGACCAGGAAGUUGUUAACUACACUCAAAGGUUACUGAGUUUCCGAUCUGAUGAACUUUGGCCCAACCUGUUGUCUUCGGCAGUAGAAGAAGCUAUAAAACUGGGUACCCCUAUAGCUCGUCCUCUUUGGUGGAUUGCUGCAGAGGACAAGAUUGCUCAGUUUAUUGACUGUGAGUUCUUCCUUGGGGACAGCCUACUGGUGGCUCCAGUUCUGUAUGCCAAUGCAAGGCAUCGGGAUGUGUACCUGCCGGAAGGAAGUCUGUGGAGGGAUCAACUCCGAGGCAGCGUCUAUAAAGGAGGGCAGUGGCUGAGACAGUAUCCCGUGGGACUGUAUGAAAUUGCAACAUUUAGGCGAGACAUGGAUUCCCAUAAUAAACACUAA